AUGACAGAUCAACCAACCCAUCACGCGAUAUUAGUGGGUAUCAACGCCUACCCAGACAUACCAUUGAAAGGCUGUGUUCGUGAUGUUCUGGAGAUCAAGACAUUACUCCAACGUCACACCGUCCCAAUCGACAUCAAGCUGUUCACAGCCACACAAACCGAAACUGGAGUUGAGGAAGACCCCGCGCAUUGGCCAACAUACAACAAUGUGACCGCGGCCUUUAGAGAGGUCACUGCAGCCGCAAAGGCGGGCGAUUGUGUCUACAUCCAUUUCUCAGGCCAUGGUACCAGAAUAGAACCAGUCAGUGGUUUCUCCAAUAAGGCAACUGGCGAUCUAGCCUUGGCUCUUCUCCAUGGACAGGAUGCGAGUAAAGUCCGGCUGCUUGGUGGACAUAGAUUCGCCAUGGUGCUUAAUGCUAUGGUGAGAAAGGGUUUGGUCGUUACUCUUGUUCUUGAUUGCUGCUUUGCUGCUAGUAUUUAUCGCUUAGAACGAACGAACGUGCGAUUCCUGCCACAUGACUCGGAGACCUUUAUCAUUGAGGAUGAUGAACCCAUUGAAACGACAGAGGAUGCCCCGUCUGGUUAUAGAGAUGUGUCCAUGCAACCUAGUUGGCUGAUCGAUCCCAAUGGGUAUGCCGUUCUCGCAGCUUGUGGUCCUCACGAAGAAGCGACAGAGAUCGUCCAGGCUGGUGUCGAACACGGAGCACUAUCAUUCUUCCUGUCGCGCAGCUUGAGAGACUUUGGUAUGAACAAGCGACACCGAGACAUCUUCUACCGCCUAUCUCCCAGCUUCAAAGCGAACGCACUGGAACAAACCCCAGCCCUAUACGGAAACAAGAACCAGGAAUUCUUUGGACCGCAUACCCUCGCGACUACAAGACCUGUCAUUCCGGCCUUCAGAAGUGGACAGAGUCUUGUUCUACAAGCUGGUCAAGCGCAUGGACUUAGAGAGGGCGAUGACUUUAUCCUCUAUCCUUCUGGCGUGGUCGAUCAUAAUGAUGCCUUGCAUGAUAACACAGUCACAGCUUGGCUCAGCACCCUUGGACCUCUCACAUCUUCGUUGCAACUCAUGGAUGGAACACCGUUGAAGGAGACGAACUGCGUUGCUGAGCCCCAGACCAAACAUUGCUUUCACGAAUUUGCGAUAUCACUAAGCGACAAGAUUGCUGAAACUGAUGAGUGGCUUGCAGCAUUUCGGAGAUACUCCCUUGCUGCAUAUCGGGCAUCUGACAAUCGCUCUUGUUUAUUAUCUGUGGAAGUUGUCGGCAACGAGUACAAGAUAUAUAAGGCUGGUAGGGAACUCGACAAUCUCCCGAUCCUACAACGAAGCACUGCAAGUCCAGCAGAUAUUGCUGCUCUCUUGGAGCACAUAGUGCGCUACGAAUUCGCCAAGACCCUCGCGAACAAUUUGAUAUCACCCUCCUUCCGAUCUUCCUUUGACAUAAACAUAACAACUCGAUCCCGCGAACAAUUCGUUCCAAAUACGACUGUCCAGGUCAUACAAGACGUUACCAACAAAUACAUGUUCGAACUCGUCCUCCAAAACAAUUCCGCCAGAGAACUGUACCUACAUGUCUUCAGUCUCGGGCCUUUCUGGCAAGUCGACAACAUAUUCUACGGUUCUGCGGUGAUUCCUCCGUUGGAUGAGGGUCAGGGCUUUACAGGGCGGUUCAGUAAGAAGAUGAGAACGGAGGUCCCCAAAGAGAUGAGGGCUAGGGGAAUGAGUGAGUGCAAGGAUACACUCAAGGUUAUUGUUACUAGCCACCCGACGUCUUUUGACGUGUUGGAGUUGCCCAAGAUUGGAGGGUUGCCAAAGAAGCCGAGUACCAGUGGGAGGUAUAGGUCUGGUGGUGACGGGGCGGAGGAGUGGGUUGCUUUCAACUUUCCGCUAAGAACUUCAUUGCCUGUCGAGUAG